AACAUGUUAGUUUUCAAUAACACCACAUCCUCCGUCUCACACUUCCUGCUUACUGCAUUCCCUGGGCUGGAACUUGCUCAUGUCUGGAUCUCCAUUCCUGUCUGCUGUCUUUACGUCAUUGCCGUCUUGGGAAACAGCAUGAUCUUGUUUGUCAUCAUUAUUGAACAGAGUCUCCACAAGCCCAUGUACUAUUUCCUCUGCAUGCUCUCAGCUGUUGACCUAUGUUUGGCCAUCACAACCCUUCCCACUGUGCUUGGGGUUCUCUGGUUUCAUGUCCGGGAGAUCAGCUUCAAAGCGUGCCUCAUCCAAAUGUUCUUUGUGCAUACCUUCUCCUUCCUGGAGUCCUCGGUGCUGGUAGCCAUGGCUUUUGACCGCUUCAUGGCCAUCUGUAACCCACUGAGGUAUGCGACUGUCCUCUCAGACAUGAUGGUCUUGGUGAUUGGACUGUCCAUCUGCAUACGACAAAUAAUUUUCGCAUUUCCCACUAAUCUAGCCCUACAGAAUUUUUCUUUCCGGGGAGGUCAAGAGCUUUCCCACCCAUUUUGCUACCACCCAGAUGUGAUCAAAAAUACAUAUUCCAACCCCUGGAUCACCAGUUUUUGGGGCAUGUUUAUUCAGCUCUAUCUGAAUGGUACUGACUUAUUGUUCAUUCUUUUCUCCUAUGUCCUGAUCCUCCGGACUGUUCUGAGCAUUGUGGCCCCAAAGAAGCAACAAAAAGCACUCAGCACCUGUGUCUGUCACAUCUGUGCUGUCACUCUCUUCUAUGUGCCAAUGAUCAGCCUGUCUUUGGCACACCGCCUCUUCAGUUCCACCCCAAGGGUGGUCUGCAGCAUUUUGGCCAAUUUUUAUCUGCUUUUACCACCUGUACUGAACCCCAUCAUUUACAGCUUGAAGACCAAGACUGUCCGCCGGGCUAUGUUCCAGCUGUUCCAAUCCAAGGGUUCACGGGGCCCCAAUAUGAAGGGUCUUAGAGGAAGGUGA